AAGCGGUGGACAGCGGCGGCUGGCAAAAUGGACAACGCAGGGAAGGAGCGAGAAGCGGUACAGCUGAUGGCGGAGGCUGAGAAACGAGUCAAGGCCUCCCACUCCUUCCUCCGAGGGCUGUUCGGAGGAAACACACGAAUAGAAGAGGCUUGUGAAAUGUAUACCAGAGCUGCAAAUAUGUUCAAGAUGGCUAAGAACUGGAGUGCUGCAGGAAAUGCAUUUUGUCAAGCCGCCAAGCUCCACAUGCAGCUUCAGAGCAAACAUGACUCUGCUACCAGCUUUGUGGAUGCCGGAAAUGCCUACAAGAAAGCAGACCCUCAAGAGGCUAUCAACUGCUUAAAUGCAGCCAUCGACAUUUACACAGACAUGGGAAGGUUUACAAUUGCAGCGAAGCACCACAUCACUAUUGCUGAGAUCUAUGAGACUGAGCUCGUGGACAUCGAGAAGGCUAUUGCACAUUAUGAACAAUCUGCUGAUUAUUACAAAGGAGAAGAGUCUAACAGCUCAGCUAACAAGUGUCUGCUGAAGGUGGCAGCCUACGCCGCACAACUGGAGCAGUACCAGAAAGCCAUUGAAAUCUACGAGCAGGUGGGGGCUAACACUAUGGAUAAUCCUUUGUUGAAGUACAGUGCAAAGGAUUACUUCUUCAAAGCAGCCCUGUGUCACUUCAUAGUAGAUGAGUUGAAUGCCAAGCUUGCUCUUGAGAAGUAUGAGGAAAUGUUUCCAGCAUUUACUGAUUCAAGAGAAUGUAAAUUACUGAAAAAACUUCUAGAAGCUCAUGAAGAACAGAACAGUGAAGCUUACACUGAAGCAGUGAAGGAAUUUGACUCAAUAUCACGGUUGGAUCAGUGGCUAACCACCAUGUUGCUUCGUAUCAAAAAGUCCAUCCAAGGGGAUGGAGAAGGAGAUGGAGACUUAAAGUGAAAUGUUUCUGUCCUUGUGGCAUGCAGCUAAUAAUGUCUCUUUAGUUUUGUCUUAGGGCCACUGGAUCUUUAUGAGAUGCCCAUUUAAUGGCUUAAUUUUGUUGCAUAUGAGCCACACAACCCAUGUACUGUCCAAGUGCG